AGGCUGUAAAUGCAAUCAAAAAUAUAGUUAAGGCCUACCCAGGAAAACAUAUGGAUUCGAGUCAGUUCGCUAGAUGGAUGAAUGAUGGAGCACAGAAUGCUAUUUCAAAAGAAGAAGUUCGAUUAACUUUGGGCUGCAGUAGCGAGAAUUCAUCAGUAACUAUCAAGAAAUUGGCUGAGAAAUGGUUGAUGACUACUGAUGAAUUGAAACUUGCCUUGAGACGGAAAAAUGAGAACGACACAGUUAAACUCCAAGAAUUUGUGGACUUCCUCAACAAGAAAGUGGGAUCUUCUACACCUUCCAAUAGAAGCUCGGAAAAUAAAUAAAUGAGUGGUAAUCAAUUUCAAUGGAUAAUUUGCCAAUAAUAUGGCAAAGUUUUGGCGCCACCCAGUCUUUUGGACUAGGAAAUAAUAGUUUGUGGAUAAACACCAGUGAAAUUAUAAAAUAUAACCUUAAACUCUUACUCUGGAUCGUGAAUUAGGGAUUUGUUGAAUGAAACAAGAUAUCAAUCAUUUAUUGAUGAAUUAUGAUAUUGUAUCAUGUUUUAUUAUAUUCUAUUGAAAUAUGUUAUCAUAGUUAUCAGAUUAUUUUUAUCAUUAUUCAUGCAUAGCCUACUCCUGAGUUGAAUUAUCUCUGGGGUGGCUUCUUCUUCUUCUUUUUUUUCAUUUCUUCUUCUUCUUCUUCUCUUCUUCUUCUUCUUCUUCUUCUUCUUCUCUUCUUCUUCUUCUUCUUCUUCUUCUUCUUCUUCCUCUUCUGGUUCUUCUUGUAUAAUGGUAAAAUAUGUAUCAUGUGAUAAUCAUUAAUUUUAUUUUAUUGCUUUGGAUUUGUUAUCAUUUAUUGUUAUCAAUAUUAAUUGUAAAAUGAUAUUGUAUCAUGUUUUGUCAUAUUCUAUUGAAAUAUAUUAUCAUAGUUAUCA